AGAUCCCGGAGUGAAGUGAGCGCGGCGUCAAGAGCUCUGCAGUGACACCUACCUGUCAACCUCUCUUUCCAUCUCCACUGCAGGACACCCCGAGCGCAGGAUGUCUCCCGUGAAGGUCAGAAUGAGAAGGCUGUUUCUGUUGGUCACAGGAACGCUUCUUCUUGGAGUGAUCCUCUUCGCGAUCGACGACAGCGGUCUCGGCUCAGCGCUUGGACUCUCCGAAUAUGGCAAUAUGGAUGACUUGCUGGAAGACGAUUACUACGAGGGCAACGUAGAUGACACCGCGGGGGAGGUCGACUUCGAAGACGACAACAACCAGGACACCGUUGCCGAGACAGGGAACGCUGACGCAGGCGUGUCAGAGACCAACGGCGGGGAGGCCGCUGGGAAUGACCGAGUCGCCGAGGUCACCGAGGCCAAACAGGUCAACGAGGUAAAGAAUACGUUCAUAGGCGAGGUCAUCAAAGAACCUGAACCCAAGAAACCGUUCGCGAUGGAAACGUUCGGUGCCCCGCAAAGGGCGAGAGCCCAGCCCUUCGGACAGUGGCAGCCAGGAGGCAGAAGGAAGAGUGGUUUCGGUGCAGCUUUCGCCCCGAAGAAGGAGACGCCGUGCACUGUCCCGGCGCUGAAGAGCAUCCCGCAGUUCAUUCACCAAGUGUCCGACCUGGAGGCCAAGUGCGACGAGCUGAGGACUUUCGGGACAGCACCGCGAGGGAAGGAUUUGUGUUUGGACGAGAAGUACAGGAUCAAGUCCGGAAACUGUGUCGUCUUCUCCUUCGGCAUCAACUAUGACUGGAGCUUCGAGGACGACAUGGGAAAAUUCGGCUGCAUGGUAUACGCGUACGACCCCACCAUGGGAAAGACCGACCAUCAGCGAUCUGAAAAAAUUCACUUCUUCGCCACAGGCAUCUCGAACUACAAAGGAACUAAGCUGCUGCGAAUGAAUAACAGAGUAUUCAUGAGUCGGGUGGACCGAUUCGUCAACUUUCUACGGGCAGCAGGGUUGGAGGGAGAGGAGAUCGACGUGAUAAAACUGGAUACAGAAAUGUCACAAGUGGAUUUCCUGCAGGACUUGUUAUUCAAUUCGCGCCAUUUGCUGAAGAAAAUUAAACAAAUAGCCAUGACGGUGUAUACGGAUGUAGUAGAGAAGAGUCUCAGCCAAGGAGGUUUCUUCCAAAUUCUCUGGCCAUACCUCCAGAUGAUGAAGUGUGCGGGCUUCAAAGUCAUCAGCUCCAACAGAAGCCGAAGAGGUAGAGAGGUGGUCUGGGCUCAAGAUAAAGAAUGGUAGCAUGGCUUAUAAAACAGCCAAUAUUAUAUGCUUUUGUAAAAGUGUAGGUGAUGGAAGCCAUGUGUGAAGGAGUAAGUUUGGAGAAUAGGAAAGAUUUUGGAUGUAAUUUUGCUUCUGCAAAAAUAAAUGGCAGUCUCUUUA